AUGGCUGAGGAGCCUCCGGACAGCGCCAGGCUUCGCCCUAGCAAGGCCAUUCGCGUCAAUUUGACGCAGGAUGGGCAAAAUCAGAGUUCCGUCCGUCAGCACACGGCCGGCUCGGGCGUCCACUCCGAAGGGGAAUCCUCCACCACCCCCGUCAACGAUGCAGCCAGCGAGGCCUAUAGCGAGGACACGCCGCCAAGCGCUGUGUCCGAAACUGGUGAGACGGAGGAGGAGCAGGGAGAAGUGGCCCCAAUCCAAGGAGGCGACGUGGAGGAUCGCCUCGGCACCCCCUCGGAGGUCGACGAAGCAGUUGACCCGGUGGAGGAGCAGCCGCGCUCUGUACACAGCGACUCGAACAGCGAGAUCGAGCGGCCUCCUGAUGCCGUGGAAGUCGCCUCCGCCAGCGAGGAAGCUCCCGAGGAGAUGGCCGAGGUGGCAUCUGCAGGUAGCGAGGACAUACAGCCGGCAGACCUGGAGGAGGAGGCGGCCCGGACGGAGGGCGCCAGCGAGCAACCUGUUGAGGAGGAAUCAUCAGCGCACAUCGACAUUCUCGUGACGGCCGUGACGGGUGCUACUGUUGUUGCCUCCGGGACAGCAGCUGCUUCACCGGCGGGAGAGCCAACAGCUACGCCGCCUGUGCAGGAAAAGGCAGAGAAGGAGCCAGCGACUGCGGCGGCGCCGGGGAAGGAGCCAGCGGUCACACCAGUGCAUGAGAAGGUGGAGAAGGUAGGCAUCACCCCGGCGACCCCGACGAAGAAGCCCACGGAGCCUCAAACGGCUCCAGUUCCACAGCCAUACUCCGAUGCCAAGAACGAAAGCAACGGGUUCGCCCCCUCCGUGCAUCCGCAGCCGACGAAGCCUCAACAGCCCGAGGUCGACGAGGUGCGAUCAGAUCCGGAGACUGACGGUGAUCCUUACUACGACGAGGAUCAGUUCGAAAGCAGCGCUACGCACAGCGUUGCGAAGUCUCUUCGCACGGAGAGUCGGUCGAUGCGUGUGGACAGCCCGUCCCAAGAUGAAGCCUACACCUCCGCCUACCACUCGGAUCGCUCGGACUCCGAAGACUCCGAGGAGGAAGAGGAGGAGGAGCUGGACAGCGCCGAGAGGGAGGCAUUGAAGACGGAGCUGGCAGCCAAGGAAGACGAGCAGGAUAAGCUGUCGGAGCAAAUGCUGGCGAUGCAGCGCGAGAUGGAGGCAGAAGCGAGAUCGACGUGUGGGAUUGGGUCGCACAUCUCAGAAAUCAAGUGGCUCUGA